CUUGACAAAAGCUCGAUCCUUACGUUACUCUCGCAGGAACAAGGCGGCGAUCGUGGCGGCGGGAGCCAUCCCAAAGAUCCUCCGCCUUGCCAAGAGCCACCCUGGCUCCCACAUCCAAAUGCAGCUCCUGGAAUCCUCGGUGGCGGCGCUGCUCAGCCUCAGCGCCCUCGACGCCAACAAGCUCGCCAUCGCCGCCUCCCCGGGCGCCGGCGCCAGCCUCGUCGCCACCGUCCUCGACAGCUCCUCCACCGACCAGGCCCGCCGCGACGCCAUGGCCGCGCUCUACAACCUCUCCCUCUGCCCGACCAACGCGCCCGUGCUGUGCGCCGCCGCCGCGGUACCCGCCGUGCUGUCGGCGGCGUACGAGCCCGAGCUGUGCAGCCGCGCGGUAGCUACCGCCGCCAACCUCGUGUCCACGUCCCCCGGCCGCCGGGCAAUGGCGCGGGUGGAGAGCUCGUGUCUCGUCUUCACCGACAUUCUCAACUGGGGCCGCUGUGGAUACUGUCCGAGUGUCGCCAGCCCGUACCGCGGCGGCGUCGGCGGUACCGUCACCCGCGGCCUCAUCGAACGCGCGGUAUACGUGGUCAUGGUCCUGGCCCAGUGCAGCCAGUCGCAGCGCCGCGCCAUGUGCCGCGCGGGAUGCUCGUCAAUGCUGCUCGAGCUCGUUCUCAUUGGCAGCCCGGCCGUCCAGGACCGCGCGUCUCGGACUCUCCAGUGCCUGGCGGCGGCCGACGAUGACAACUCCUCGUCGACGAAUUCCUACUGCUGCCUGCUGCUCCAGGAGGGCGAGGGAGACGAUGAGCAGCACCAGCAGCACGAGCACCAGCAGCGGCGGCAGCUUCUCGAACGAGAGCUCUACUCGGAGGAGCGACGCGCGGUAAACAGGCUGGUGGAGCGGAGCCUCAAGAUCAACAUGCAGCGCAUCACCGAGCGCGCUUGCAUUCCUCUUGCUGCUGGUGCUGCUUCGGAUGUGACCACUGCUGCCACUGGCACUACUGCGACUUCGUCGUCAUCGUCAUCAUCCACAUCUUCCACUCGUCUGCUAGUCAGCUCGUAGCUCUCGAAAGCCAUUAUUUGUACGUAGCGUAUCACUUCCACUUGGACUUGAUUCGGACUUGAUUCGAAGACUGGACGGGGAUCUCUCACGGCACCAUAUUUCCUUCCCUGCCAGGAGAGUUUGAUCGCUUGUGUGCUUCGAGUUGGACGGCUCCCACCGACUUCUCGUUUAAACCGUUUUGGUUUUUGUCUUUCGUAGAACGCACAAAAUGAAUGUGGCAAACGGCCAAGAUUCUCA